GAAGUUGGAUAUUGGAAGAUCCGGAAGAAUUGUGUGGAAAAGCUACAUGCUGUCAAGACCAUUAGGCAGGCAUCAUCAGCCGUUAUUGUGCAUUGCUAUAACAUACUCACAGACAACUGUGGAGGCGUGUAGAUAUCAUCUGUAUGUUCAACAAAGGGGGGAAAUAGGCUAUCGACGGAUAAGAUGUGGAAGGCAGCAGUUGGUCAGACCGUCACAGAAGCUGUGCAGGACGGCGAGGAAGACUGGGAGACAGACCCUGACUUUGAGAACAAUGUGUCUGAGAAGGAGCAGCGGUGGGGGGCCAAGACGGUGGCAGGUUCGGGCCACCAGGAACACAUAAAUAUCCAUGAGCUCCGCCAGAACGUGUCAGCAGAGCACGGUGCGCUGAAGCAGAGAGAGCUGGAGAGCAUGCCGAUGGCCUCUCACGGGUACGGGGGCAAGUUUGGGGUGCAGGAGGACCGCAUGGACAAGUCUGCUGUGGGCCACGAGUAUCAGAGCAAGCUGUCCAAGCACUGUUCCCAAACUGACACCUCAAAGGGAUUUGGGGGAAAGUUUGGAGUGCAGGCUGACCGGGUCGACCAGUCGGCAGUUGGAUUUGAAUACGCUGGCAAGACACAGAAACACUCCUCACAGAAAGAUUACGCGACGGGUUUCGGGGGCAGGUACGGGGUGCAGGCGGAUCGCGUGGACCAGAGCGCCGUGGGCUUCGAAUAUCAGGGCAAAACGGAAAAACACGAGUCCCAGACAGAUUACAGUAAAGGCUUCGGGGGUAAAUAUGGCGUGGAAACGGACAAGGUGGAUAAGAGUGCAGUCGGCUUCGAGUAUCAGGGGAAAACGGAAAAGCACGAGUCGCAGAAAGACUACGCGAAGGGUUUCGGAGGGAAGUUUGGCGUACAGAUGGACAGGCAGGACAAGUCGGCCGUGGGCUGGGAUCACCAGGAGAAAACGCAGCUCCACGAGUCCCAGAAAGACUACUCCAAAGGGUUUGGUGGAAAGUACGGCAUUCAGAAGGACAGAAUGGACAAGAGUGCAGGCACCUUUGAACAGGUGGAGAAGCUAAGCUCAGCAUAUCAGAAAACUAAACCUAUAGAAGCUGCUGGCCUCAGUACUGGGAGCAUGAAGGCUCGCUUUGAGAACAUGGCGAAGAAGAAUGAGGAGGAGGACCGCAGGAGAGCGGAGGAGGAGCGGACACGCCGGCAGGCCAAGGACAAGCAGGAGCAGGAGGAGGCGCGGAGGAAGCUGGAGGAGGAGCAGGCUGAAGUCAAGUGUGCCUCCUCAAAACUCAGGGACACCCUGUCUUCUGAGACCCCAAAACAGGACACGCCCACCAGCCCUGAAUACAAGGAGAGCAGUGCUGAGCUGGAGCCAUUUAACCAGAACCCCGACAAGAUCUCCUCCAAGCACCAAGGAGAUGGUAAAAUACACUGCUAUUGCUGCUACAACUAAUACUACUACUGCUAAUAACAAUUAUACUAAUACUACCACUACUACUACUACUAAUAAUACACCUACUACUAAUAAUAAUGAUUAUGAUAAUAGUAAUAUUUAAUACUAGACAGUUCCUGAAGAGUGUGGUUAUGGUUAGGGUGAGGGUUACAACGAGAGUU